UCCCUCGUGCUUGGUUCCUGGGUCAUUCAUGGGUCAUCCAUCCUGCCGCUUGUGCACAUAUUAAUAUACGGCAGUCGCCAAUCAUGUCUGUGUAAAUUAUUGAUGCCUUGGUGUUCAGCCACGAAAGCUCGCAUGUUCAUGAGCUCAUGAUGCGUUUUUGGACUGCUGUAAAUACCUAAUAUCUUUCGGCCACCAUCCUCAAGGACAACUCCCUAUCCUUAUUCCUCUCUUUUUCCGAUAAUUAUAAUAAUGGUAAUCCUUAAAAUGGAGUGUCCUUCAGGACUCCGUAGUCUCUCGUUGCUCGUUCUGGCAGGCUCGGUCUCGGCCGGUGUCUUACCAGUUCGAGAUCCCGUACCUAGCGGGUAUGUCGCAACUCCGUAUUACCCAGCUCCCUACGGCGGUUGGACCGAUGACUGGUCCGAAAGUUACGACAAAGCGAUCAAGUUGGUAUCACAGAUGACCCUAGCCGAAAAGGUUAAUAUAACGGCCGGCACUGGACUGUUCAUGGGACCUUGUGUCGGAAAUACCGGUAGCGUUCCACGAUUUGGAAUUCCGAAUUUGUGCUUGCAGGAUGGUCCCUUGGGCGUGCGCACGACAGAUAAUGUCACUGCCUUUCCCGCCGGGAUCAGCACUGGUGCAACGUUCAACAAGGACCUGUUCUACGAAAGGGGCGUUGCUCUAGGCAAGGAAUUCAGGGGUAAAGGAGCCAACUUCUACCUGGGACCGAGUGUCGGUCCCCUCGGGAGGAAACCGCGCGGAGGUCGAAACUGGGAGGGCUUCGGAGUGGAUCCGGUACUUCAAGCAUUCGCCGGAGCGGCAACAAUUAAAGGAGUUCAGGAGCAAGGAGUCAUCGCUACGUUAAAGCACUUAAUCGGAUACGAACAGGAGCUUUACCGCAUGUAUAACCCGUUCCAGCAAGGUUAUAGCUCAAACAUCGAUGAUCGAGCAACACACGAACUAUACCUUUGGCCUUUUGCCGAAGGUGUCAAGGCCGGUGCAGGUUCAAUCAUGACAUCUUACAAUGCGGUCAAUGGCUCUGCUGCCUCUCAAAACAGUUACGUUAUCAACGGUCUUUUGAAGGAUGAACUAGGGUUCCAAGGUUUGGUGAUGACCGACUGGCUCGCGCAAAUUUCAGGAGUCGGUUCUGCUCUUGCUGGUCUGGAUAUGUCUAUGCCCGGUGACACGGUUGGUAAUAACAUUCCGCUGACUGGCUACUCGAACUGGAUGUAUGAACUCACACGAUCGGUACUAAACGGCUCCGUACCUGUCGACCGGGUGAACGACAUGGCUACUCGCAUCGUCGCCACAUGGUAUCAACUUGGCCAAGACAAGGACUACCCGCUUCCUAACUUUUCGUCGAAUACCGCCGAUGCCACUGGACCGCUAUACCCAGGCGCCUUAUUCUCGCCAUCGGGCGUAGUUAAUCAAUACGUCAAUGUGCAAGCGAACCAUAAGGUGGUAGCUAAGCAAGUCGCUCAGGAGGCCGUCACCCUACUAAAGAACAACGGAAGCUUCCUCCCGAUAUCAACCUCGUCGCCCCUUUUCGUAUUCGGCACCGAUGCUCAAACUGACCCUAAAGGCGCCAACUCGUGCACGGACAAGAGCUGCAAUAGGGGCCUAUUAGGCAUGGGUUGGGGUUCUGGAUCCGCCAACUACCCAUACUUGGACGACCCGAUCAGCUCGCUGAAGCGAAAAGCGGCGAACGUUACGUACUACGCAACGGACAGUUUCCCGACUGUCGCAACACCCACCGGCGAGGAUGUGGCCAUCGUAUUCAUCAGCUCCGAUUCCGGCGAGAACUCGUAUACAGUCGAGGACAAUCACGGCGACCGCGACUCCUCCGGACUCGUCGCAUGGCACAACGGAGACACGCUCGUCCAAAAGGCUGCCGCUAAAUACAGCAGCGUAAUCGUCGUCGUCCACACCGUCGGCCCCAUCAUCAUGGAACCAUGGAUCAACCUCCCCUCCGUCAAAGCCGUGCUCGUAGCCCACCUGCCCGGCCAAGAAGCCGGCGACUCGCUAACCGAGAUCCUAUUCGGCGAGGCUUCGCCCAGCGGACACUUACCAUACAGCAUUCCGGUCGCGGAAUCCGACUUCCCCGAAUCGCUAAACCUCGACGCCACCCCGCUAAGCCAGACCCAGGACACUUACUCUGAGGGCCUAUAUAUCGACUACCGUUACCUAAACAAAGCAGGCGUAAAACCCCGCUUCGCAUUUGGCCACGGUCUCAGCUACGGAAACUUCACCUUCUCCAAGGCCAGCAUCACGCGCGUUACACCACUAACCAGCGUCCCGCCAACUCGCCCAGCAAAGCCCGUCUCUCCCGUCUCCACUCUAAACACCACCAUCCCCGCCGCCAGCGAAGCCUACUACCCAGACGGCUUCAGCACCAUAUGGCGAUACCUCUACUCCUGGCUCAGCAAAUCCGACGCCGACGCCGCCUACAAGAUCGGUGCCGCCGGACCGUCCACGUACCCCUAUCCAGAGGGCUACUCCGCCACGCAGAAAACCAGCGUCUCCCCUGCCGGCGGCGCCAGUGGCGGAAACCCCGCGCUAUGGGACGUAGCGUACAAGCUUUCCGUCACGGUAACCAACACCGCGAAGGCCGGGCCCGCAGCUAAAGCCGUCGCACAGGCGUACGUGCAGUUCCCCGACGGGAUCAGCUUCGACACCCCUAUUAUCCAGCUCCGCGAUUUCGCGAAGACGAAGGCGUUGGCGGCGGGAGAGAGCACGGUUGUGGAGCUCACGCUUACCAGGAAGGAUUUGAGUGUUUGGGAUACGGUGGCGCAGGAUUGGGUUGUGCCGAACACGGCGGGACGGUAUAAGGUUUGGGUUGGGCUGGCGAGUGAUGAUUUAGCUACGGUUUGCUAUUCGGAUAGUUUGGCUUGUGAGGGGGGUGUUGCGGGGCCGGUUUAGAGGUGAAAAGGGGAGGGGUAGGAUAGGGGGGAGGAUAUGGGAGAAAAGGGAGGAAGGAGUUGUGGAUAGCGAUGGUUGGCUAUCGUACAUAUGUGACCUAUAUGAAUACGUACUCUGGAUAUAUUUUCCUAUUCCUGAUGCUGUUGCAUGUGGAAGAUGUUUUAUAGUUGUGAUUAAUAACGUAUAUAUCUCUGAAGAAUAUAUUUUGGACAUG